ACGAAUAAUAGUUCUCUCAUUUUGCAAACGAAAUAACCUUGCUCUCCCUCUUUGCAAACAGGUUUGCACACGGCGGUACAAUCACAGUGACAGCAAGGCCAGUUUCACAGCCAGGCUAUCGGAUUACGGAAGUUAUUAUGAUUCACCCGGGGGGGGGGGGGGGGUAGGUGGGACCUGAAAAAUAACCUGAACAAUGAUAGCAGAAACAAUGACUAGUAACGCGGAUUUGACUGCUGAGAAACAGGCGUGGCUUUUGAACGCUGUAAAAUCGGGGAAACUCACGUUUGGCCAGGGCAUCGACGAAAUUAACAAAAUCUUACUCAGAAUGGACGUGUCGGCUGGAAACUCCGGCUCCAUGCCCCAGCUCAGCAACGAUGAACAGAUCAGGUUACUCAAUGCAGUGAAGAACCGAGAGCUCACCAUUGAUGAGGCUUGGGAAGUUGCGCAAAGUGGCAAGCCAGCACUCCAGGAGCCAAGCAAACCAGAUACAAUGCCUGAAAAUACACAAUACAACUUUUCUGUCUAUAAACAUAAUCGAUACAGAAGGCAGAAGAGAGUACUGAUGAUUGAUUAUAAUUCAAGGCUAUUGUGCAAUAUUGAAAAAGGUAUUAUUAAGAAACAGUUUUCAUUUAAAUCUAUCAAAUCGUGUGAACAUGUUGAAGGACAGAAGAUUAGCAUUUCCUUUUUAAGGCACCACGAUUAUGAACUUGAAGCUACUUCUGCUGAAGAUAGAAUAAAGAUCAUUCAACUUGUGAACCAAAUCAUUCAAAAUAACAUUAAUGCAACCCAUCCGACACGUGAGAGGGACAGUUUUACCCCACAACAAGAGACUGAGGUCAUAAAAGAGGGGCAAUUGGAAUUGCAGAAAGGAGGCCUUGCUUCAGUAAAAUGGAACAGAUACUGUGUGCAGUUGCAUAAAGGAGAACUAUCUUUUCAGCGCCUCAACCUUGGUGACGCAAAUGAGCAGUUGGGCUUGACUCCAAAUGUGAUUUAUUUGUCGGAUGGUAAUGCAAGUGUACACAAGGAAGUGGGAAGUGGGUCCUUCACUGUGAUCACAAAGAAAAACUGCUACUUAUUCCGAAUACCAGUCACUGACCAGUUACAAAGUACAGAAGAUUUAACAAAGUGCCGGGAUGAGUGGAUUGAUGCUAUUGAUAAGUGCUGUUUGCACUGGAAGCGUUUAUCACAAUCACAAACACAACUUCUUAUAGAAAAUAACUUGAUUGAGGUUAUACCAGAUAUACCAUCCACAAAGGAGCCUCCUUAUCAAACUGUGUUAAAACAACCUAACUUAUCUGCAACCUCAAACCUGGAAGGGGAAAAAGAACAAAAAGAGGAUGCAGAGAAAGAGGCAGAGGAGGAAGGAAUGGAGCUUACUUCUGCAGUUAAGAAAACGGCUGUAGAAUUGCCUUUAGAAAAGGCCACACUCUCCCUUGUCACUCAAUGUCUUCCAGGUCCAACUGUGCCUGUCCCUCCCCUGCCAGCACUCGCUAUUCCUGUACCUCCUCAGCUUCUACUGAAGAAAUCGAGUGGUAUGAUAAAGAAGACUAAAGCAUUCCACUGGGAUGUAGUUGCCCCAGAAAAGAUUCAGAAAUCUAUCUGGGGACAAAGCAAUACGGCAAAGAUACAAUUACAUUAUCCAAGACUUCUUGAGCAGUUCUCUACCCAAGAUAUCUUAACACACCCAGUUAAUGACUUUUCAACCCAUCAGCAAAUACUUCUGAAUCACAAAGUUGCCCACAACUUCAACAUUUUUCUGAAAAGCUUCCCUAUCAAAGUGUCUGAACUGAGGGGGAAAUUGCUCAUAAUACAAGAAGAAAAUGGUGGAUUAUCAAAUGAACAUAUUGCUUCUUUACGGAGAUACGUUCCCACACCAAAUGAUAUUGAAAAGUACAAAACGUAUAAAGGCUCUCAGGCUGAUCUCCAUGUUGUUGACCAAUAUAUGAUGGAGAUGUGCAACAUUCCCCAUCUGAGUGACAGACUGGAUCUCAUCCUGAGCAUACGAGAAUUUCCAGAAACUGUUGAUGACCUUCAACCACUGAUAAGACAGAAAAUCAAGGCAUGCUCUCAAUUGCUGGAAAGUAAAUUGUUUGUUUCCGUGCUCGAGUAUCUCCUUGCAAUUGGUAACUUCCUGAACACAAACGCUGGCAAAGAAAAGGCAAAAGGAUUUUACCUUUCCUCCCUGACAAAGGUGGUCCAGUUGCGAGGGAAAGACAGGAAGUUCACCCUACUUCAUGCUCUCGUGGAGCAGAUUACUUCACAAGAACCAGCUUUGACAAACUUUCCCCAAGAGCUUACAGAAUUUGAAGAUGUUCCUGGAGAUUCCAUUAAGGGCCUGAUUGCUGAGGUAGAUGUUUUGAAGAAUGAUUUGAUGAAAAUUAUUCAGUAUGGGAAAUUAUUCAAACCCAAGAACAAGAUGUACUCUGAUGGACAGUUCUACAAAGGACUGAAGGUUAUAAUUCAAAAAUAUGAAGCUGAGUUGUCUGACUUGACCAAGCAACGUGACGAAAUGAAGAAACUCUACAGUUCCAUCUUGGUUAAAUUUGGGGAACCACAGGAUCGAGACUCACAGGAACUGUUUGGAUGGAUCUCUUCCUUCAUUAAAGAUUUCAGGAGAGCGGUCACAGAACGAAGAAGCUACAAACUGGAAACAACUCAAAAAUAAUGUUGAACAUUGUUACAUGAAGCCUUCUGGGGUUUUCCUUUUUCACAUUUGAGAAAGAAAUGUACUUCAGAUUUUGUCUAAUUAAUUUCUUGAUCCCACUAUGUUAUGUUUCAAAGCACCUUGCAGUGCUGGACUGCCAAUCAAAUCAGUGCUCAUGUACCAAAAAUUAGCAUAUUCCAUCCUGAAAACGGAAAUUUAUUUAUCAUUCCUUUAAGAUAUUUAUUUCCCCCCAUUUAUCUCCCUCUAUUUCAUCUAUUAUUUGCAAGAGCAAAUAGUUAAUCUGUUAUUAAGUCUUCCCUCAGUGCUAUCCACAAUAGUUCUUCAGAGAGAACGGUCUGAGAUGACUCACCCAAUUAAUGGGCUGGAUUUUCAAAUUGAGAAAGGUUAUUUGGAGGAAAACCAGGGUUAUAGAGGAGCAUCCUCUUACUCUGUGGCACAGAAUGUUGGAACAGCAGAACAGUGCCUCACUCUAUGGUAGCUGAGUGCUGAUUACAUUGGGUUUUUUGCAGUGAUGUUGUUAUAGAGUCUGAAAGCCUGAAAACAUAUACCAUACUGUUACUUGCUGACCAAUAUGCAGCUCAUCAGUAUGCGGAACAGUAGAGUGAACUAGGACCAACAUGUUGUUCUUACUUUUGAUAUUUUUGUGUGGUUGGUGAUGUGAACAACAGAAGUCAUUUUUUUUAUAAGACCAUCAACUUCUAUUAAAAAAACUCACAGGGGGAUGACUGACAAUACUAUUAUGUCUGCCUAGGGUUUAAAUUCAGUUCAGACUGAUGGGAUGAAAGUUUUUUAAUCUCUUGACGACUGCUUAAUGUGCUGAGUAAAAUCAGUUUGGACAGUUUCAAAGCAGCACAAAGACUAGCUAGAAUGCACCUGUGAUUGCCACUAAUUAAACAGUCACAGUUAGAGAGAUUAUAAGGAUGGCUCUUAUUAGGGAUGAGAAUGUUGCUUUAGUGCAAGGAGGAAGUCUUUUGGGGUUGUUGUGGUGGGGAAGAAAGAGAACAGAAGGCAGAUUUCUUAAUGUUGAUGUUAGAUACAAAAUCUGCAAAAAUUUCCUAGGGCCCAGUGAUAUCAUCCAGAAAAUUUCAGUGAAUGUAAUGGAAUCUUGAAUUUACACCACUCUGUAAAGUACACAAUGAAAAUUCAAUCGUACCAUGCUAAGAUUUGUUUUAAAUCGUGUAAUUAUUUCGUUAUUAACAAUGAGAAUUUGAGAUUCAGGCAUUAAACUUUGCUCAAGAGCUUGAAUGCACUGGCACUGCUCCAGACAGAAGAAAUUUCACUGGAAAGGAUUGAUUUUUAGAAACAUUGAAUGUGCCACUGAGCAUCUAUAAAACGUUACAUUUUGCCAAGUCCAAAUGACAUCCACCUACACAUCUCUUAACCUAAUAUGAUUUAGUUUAUAGCUAUGAGAAGCUCCUUUCCGCAGUCCAGUUCUGUUCAUAUAAAUGACUCUGGUUUCUGCUUUGCUCAAACAGAUGUAUAAAUUUAAUUGUCUUGUAUUUGAUUGGUCUUUUUGAAUUGAAUAUACCUUUUAUGUGACUGA